UUUGUCUCCUCGAGGAGGGAGUGAAGGAAGCAUGGAGCGUCCUAGCCCGCGUCCAGGAUCCUAACCUUUGUGUCCCGAGUCCUCUGAGUCCACCGAGUCCACCAGGUCCUCUGUCCCUGUCGCCACGGAGACGGAGACAUGCUGCUCACAGACAUCAUCACAGAACACGGCGCUCUCUCUCCUCUUCAGCUCUCAGACGCUCCGGACCUGAGCCUGCAGGGGGCGCCGUGGUACUGGGGCGACGUCUCCAGGUCAGUCGUGAGUUUUCUUCUGAGAGAUUCUCCUGACGGGACGUUUUUGGUUCGAGACUCGACCAACAGGAAACCAGGAAACUACACUCUGAGUCUGAGGAGCGGUGGGGAGACGGUCCUGGUCCGGAUCCUGGGCUCUGGAGGCCGGUUCGGGUUUUCGGAGCCGCUCCAGUUCAAGUCGGUUCCAGAUCUGAUCCAGUUCCACAGAACCAGGACUCUGAGCCGAUACAACCCGGCGCUCGACGUCAGACUGGAGAGACCGAUGUGCCGGGGGGCGGAGCUCACAGACCAGGGGGCGGAGCUGAAGGACAAAGAGGCGGAGCUUGUGAAAGAAAAACUUCAGGAAACUUUAAAUCAAUUUCAGGAAAAAAGUCGAGAAUUCGACCGACUUCAGGAUCUGCUCCAAAAGACCAGACAGGAAAUUCAAAUGAAGCAAACGGCGAUUGAAGCUUUUAACGAGACCAUCAAGAUUUUUGAGGACCACUGCAAAGACCAGGAUCUGGACCACAACCAGGACUCUGGUCUGGACUCGGGUCUAGACUCGGGCCUGGACUUAGGUCUGGACUCGGGCCUGGACUCGGGUCUGGACUCGGGUCUGGACUCGGGUCUGGACUCGGGUCUGGACUCGGGUCUGGACUCGGAUCUGGACUGGGAGCGGCUGAGGUGUAGACUGGUUGAGAUCCAAGAGACCAGGACUCGUCUGGAGCAGGAGCUGGAGUUUAAAGUCCAGGAGCUCAGAGACACGGAGCAGAGCCUGGACCUGCUCAGACCGGACCUGGUCCAGACCCAGAGGAGCACCGAGGACCUGCUCAGCCGCCUGAACCGGAGCGGAGUCCAGACGCCACCAGACCCCGCCCCCUCUGGCCCCGCCCCCUGCUGCUGUGACCUCGCCCCCUCUGGCUCCGCCCCCUGCUGCUGUGACCCCGCCCCCUCUGGCCCCGCCCCCCCGUGGCCCCUCAGCUCGUGGUUCGUCGGUUCUCUGCGUCGCUCCGAGGCCGAGGACGUUCUUCAGGGAAAACCACCGGGAACCUUCCUGAUCCGAGAAAGCAGCCGGAGACACUGCUACGCCUGCUCCCUCGUGGUGGCGUCGCAGGUGCGGCACUGCGUGAUCUUCUGCUCGGACCAAGGGCUGGGAUUUGAGCCCUCGACUCUCUUCAGGAGCCUCCAAGACCUGGUCCGGUUCUACAGCCGGACUUCACUGGUCCAACACAACCAGGAGCUUGACGUGAGACUGCAGAGGCCGGUGUGGGCGGAGACGGGGGGCGAGGGGGCGGGGACGGGGGAGGAGACCAGGGAGGAGGAGACGGAAGGAGAGAAGGACGAGAACGACAGGACCAAAACUGAGCUCAGAACUGAAUAUGGAAGUGGAGACUGUAAACAGGAAGUGUUCAUGGACCUGCUCGGGCUCCACGGACUCUGGUUCCAGUUCAGGUUUGAGUCCAGUUUACGGUCGAAGCGUCGCAGACACUCGGGUCUGUGA